AUGGGUGGUGGUUACCGUUGGUUUCUCCUUGACGGUGCUUUUUGGAAUGACUCGAUGGACACGGCUGCUGAAAAUUCCAUUUUGGUUCAUCCUCUUACCGUCAUGG